ACAGGCUGGGCUGGUAUGUGGAACAGUCUCGAAGAGAAAAACUCUUUUCUUUGCCCCGUAAUUGUAUAUUAGUCACAAAGCCGGUCAUUCAAACCGUGCAUUUGAAAAACACGUCUAUGGGGUUGCUAUAAGCAUCUUUGUAACCUUUAAAAAUCCAGUUUGAUGACACAUGGUGCUGAUUCUCAGGAUGUGUUGCCGAGAUCCACCGGCGGCAGCAGCGGCGCGAAGGACAACUGCAGCAUCUGCCCGGGCCGAAUAAACCGCCAGAGUCGCUUCUGUCCUACCCGACGACAAAUUCAACCGAAACCUAAACGCUUUAAGGAAAUUACAUGCGAGACCGUGAGGAAAAACAGACAAGAUGUUUCAGCUUCCAGUGAAUAAUCUUACUCGGCUGAGGAAGGCCAGGAGAAAAGUCAAAAGAUUGCUGUGUGAUGUUGGCCUUGAUUACUGCAAAGAGCAUGUGGAGGACUUCAAAGAGUUUGACCCCAAUGAGUGUGACGCAAACCAAGUAAGUUUUGAUGUUUGUCUCUGGGAUCCAUCCUGGACAAAGUCACAGGACUACAGAACGAAGCAGUUUUGCUGCUCGGAAUGCCCAUUUGCCUCCAAGUAUUUCUCCGCCUACAAAAACCACUUCCGCAAUGUUCACAGAGAAGACUUUGAGAGCCGAAUCCUUCUUAACUGCUCCUAUUGCACGUACAGUGGGAACAAGAGGACUUUGGAAACCCACGUCAGGCUCUUCCACAUGCCUAACAAUUUGGUGCGACAGGGUACCGUUGGCCCUCAUGGAGCCCAAAUGGGUGUUCGGGACAGCAUGCGGGUAGAUAAGCCCUUGAUGGGCGAUCGUAAGGAGCUGCCAGUGUACUACUGCAAGAAGUGCACCUAUCGGGAUAGACUGUACAACGUGGUGCGCAGGCACAUCUACAGGGAACACUUUCAGCACGUGACCACACCUUAUCUUGGCAAAAACUCGGAGAAGCAGGAAAAUAGCGUAGAGGCGCCUGGCAACAGUCAUGGGAUCCACUGCAAGAGCUGCCACUUCACACCUCGUUCAUAUGAAGCACUGGUGCAACACGUUAUCGAGUUUCAUGAGCGCAUUGGCCAUCAAGUCACCGCUAUGAUUGGGCACACCAACGUCAUAGUGCCAAGGCUUCAGGCGAAUAUAAUUCAGAGGGGUGUUGCAAUCGCUCCGGGUGUGCGUCCUCAGGCACCUCAAAUGAAUCGUUUUAAUAUGGCCAAAAUGAUGGGGUUACCUGUAGGCAACCAUUUCAAGCAAACCGCCGUUGCAGGCAACUCUGUGUCUGGUCAACCAGUGCGCAUUACACUACCCGAUAAAGCUUUUGUGUCAGGUGCGGUCUCCCAGUCCCACACAGGAAAACACCUGGGUGGCUUUGGAGUCCACGGUUCGACACAUCUUAACGCUCAGCCCGCUUCUUUCUCCGCCUCACUGAAGAACCAACCUCUCUCUUCGCCGGGACAUGCUGCUACUGCCACUUUGACCUCAUUGCAGGCCAAAAAAGCUGCAGCCAACGCUCUAAACACCUCACAGACGCAAAAGUGGAAAAUUUGCACCAUCUGCAAUGAACUCUUUCCCGAGAAUGCUUACAGUGCUCACUUUGAAAAAGAGCAUCAGGCAGAAAAGGUGAGAGCCAUGGCUAAAUAUAUCAUGAAGAUCCACAACUUCACUAGCAAGUGUCUGUAUUGCAACCGCUACCUACCCAGCGACUCUUUGUUGAACCAUAUGCUCGUGCAUGGGUUAUCGUGCCCGCAGUGUCAUUUCACGUUUCACGAAGUUGAGAAAAUUGUAGCACAUAAGCGGCUGGCGCAUCCUAAUGAUCCCGGUGAUCCACCCACCGGCUCUCCUCUCAUGUUCGAUCUCACGCUUCAGCAAGGAACUCCAAAGAAUGUUCAGCUUAUUGUGACCACCUAUAACAUGAAGGAGACACCUGAAGCAUCUUCAGCUGCUCAGCCACAAAACAGCACCAUGGCCAAGGCCUUUAAGAGCUUCGCCAAGGUGACGGAGACCCAGAAUGAUCCUGUAGUCCGAAACUUGUCCCAGUCUUCAGUGACACAGAAGAAAGAGGUUGGAAAAACACUGUGUCCUCUAUGUUUCACUAUUCUCAAAGGUCCAAUUUCGGAUGCCCUCUCUCAUCAUUUAAGAGACUCCCAUCAGGUGCUCCAAACACUGCACCCUGUGGAGAAAAAGCUGACCUACAAAUGCAUCCACUGCCUGGGUGUGUACACUAGCAACAUGACUGCUUCCACAAUCACACUUCAUUUGGUGCACUGUCGAGGUGUUUGCCAGACACCGAAAGGUCAUUGCAGCAAGUCAAUCCCAACUGCACUGCGCUCGCCUGGAGCUGGGUCUCUCAAGCGCGAGUUGGUUACCCCAGAUGCAUCUGACCCCAAGAGGAGGAAAAUGGUUGACCAGUCUAGGUACUACUCAACAGAUUUUGUCGAGAAGCCAGAAGAGCCUGUAGUGUUGGCCUUGGAUCCUAAAGGUCACGGCGACGAGCCUUACGAGGCACGGAAAGCAUUCCUUACUGCGUAUUUUAAUCUGCAUCCUUAUCCUUCCCAGCGGGAAAUCGAGAAACUUGCCGCAAGCCUCUGGUUAUGGAAGUCGGACGUCUCGAGCCAUUUUGCCAACCAGAGGCGAUCGUGUGACCGGGAUUUCAUGACCCGCAAGCCUGUUGUGUUACUAGGCUUUAACAUGCGGGCAGUGAGCCAGCUCAAGCAUGAGAUGAACUUCGACGCAAGUUGGCUGUUCAAAGUCAACGACGACGAAAAAUGCGGAUUGUCAAAGACCUCGAAAUUCCGACUGAAGGCUCCUGUUGGCUUCCACGCAAAGGAUGGUUCGAGAGCUAUUCGGUUUGAGACUUUAAACACUGGACAAAGUAGUCAAAGCAACUGUGCCUUCAAGCCAUGCCCUGGGUCAUCCUCAGAACCCAUCUCUAUUGAUUCUGACAGUGAAUCAGACUUAGAAGAAAUUCCCAAUGAAAACAUGGAAGUGAAUCAACAAGCUAAAGCGUUAAGACCUUCAGCAGUUGGGUCCCAAGCGAAAGGGACGUUGCUGCGAGACCGAUUCCGUUACGAAAGAGGUGCGGGGGGGAGCCGUAGUUCUCCCAGAGUUGCGGCCAAAAGUCUAGAUGGUUCCAGACCCGAAGAGGCGGCCUGGUCAGGCAGCAUGUCUUCUGAAGAGACCCACUUUAGACCAGCAGGACAGUUUGAAGUAAAGGGAAAAAAGGUUGGGUUGCUUGGUAGAUGAUGGCUUGUGGUGAUGUUCCCUGCUCUUUUAACUCAAUGCCCCGUAGGUCAGAGCCCUUACCUCACAUAUGGUUGACAUUAAGCAUUUAUGAUAUGAACUUGUGUAAAACCAGAAGAGUUACACACUUUUAACUGAAAGUACUGUUUACUCUCAAACAAUUCUGCUGUUGGAGAGUGGAGAAACUAAUAUACUGUAUGAUUUUUUUUUUUCAACGAUCCAUAGUCCCUUGUGAUUUCUUUUUGUAUACUGUUCUCUGUAUUUAAUCACACCUGUUAAAAUUGUAACAAAAUUGAUAGGUCUAUUGUUUUCCUGAUCAAAUAAAAAGGACAGUGUAAUUUAC